UUACACAAAUCUCUCAGACUCUCACAAAAAUUUUCAAAUAUGCUAACAACUUUCUAAAAAUUGGCUCUUUUCUCUGCCCUGAGUGAAUCAUGGUCGACGUUGACCGGAGAAUGACCGGUUUGACUCCGGCUCACGCAGCCGGUCUCCGCCGUCUCUCAGCUCGCGCCGCCGCUCCAUCCACUCCCACGGUCCGAAACAGCCUUCAAUCUUUCUCCCCUUUCGCCGAUAAAGUAAUCAAUCAUCUUAAAAAUUCAGGUAUCAAAAUCCAACCGGGUCUCUCCGACACCGAGUUUGCCCGAGUCGAAGCCGAGUUUGGUUUCACUUUCCCACCGGACCUCCGUGUUAUCCUCACCGCCGGUCUCUCCGUCGGCCCAGGAUUCCCAGAUUGGCGUUCUCCCGGAGCUCAUCUCCACCUCCGUGCCAUGAUCGAACUACCCAUCGCCGCCGUAUCGUUCCAAAUCGCCAAAAACAGUCUCUGGUGCAAAUCUUGGGGCUUUAAACCACCCGACCCGGAAAAAGCAUUACGGGUCGCGAGAAACGCCUUAAAAAGAGCUCCUUUAUUGAUCCCCAUCUUCGAUCACUGCUACAUUCCUUGUAACCCGUCUUUAGCGGGUAAUCCGGUUUUCUUCAUCGACGAGACUCGGAUCUUCUGUUGCGGGUCGGAUCUUUCCGAGUUCUUCGAGCGAGAAUCUGCUUUUCGAAGCUCCGAAUUCUUCCCGAGAAUUCUCACUAAGCAACGUUCAGUGAGCGAGAAUUCAGCUGGAUCAUCCUCGAAUUUUUCUCGGAGAAGCUUAGAUUCGGGUCGGGCUAACGGGACGGGUAAGUCGAGAUGGGUUGAAUUCUGGAGUGACGCUGCGGUGGAUCGUUGCCGGCGAAACUCCGCCUCAUCAUCGUCGUCAUCUUCUUCAUCGCUGGACCUUCCCAAAACAGAGACUCCGAAAUGGGUAAACCAGUACGUAAACCGGAUCGGUUCGAUUUUGAGAGGAGGCGGGUGGAGCGAAUCCGAUAUUGAUGAGAUAAUCCACGUGUCAGCAUCGGGUUUCUUUGAGGGUGAAAUGGUAAUUAUGGAUAAUCAAACUGUUCUUGAUGUGCUUUUAUUAAAAGCGGGUCGGAUCUCUGAGUCGCUUCGUAAAUCCGGGUGGAGCUCCGAAGAAGUCUCGGACGCGCUUGGGUUCGAUUUUCGACCGGAAAAGGAGAGGAAACCGGUUAAGAAACUAUCUCCAGUUCUCGUCGAACAAUUCGAAAAACUUGCUGAAUGGGUUUCCCGGUCAUGAAACACAUUACAUAUCUACACUGGAAUCGUAGUAAAGAAGAUAUUAAUUAUAAAUAAAGUCUGAAAACUGUA